AUGCCGUACCCCUGGAUGGACUUCCUGGUCACCAAUACUUCCAGAAAUCAAACCACUACUUUGUGGUACGACGGAUUUGUCGCUGCGACCGAAGGCGUCUUGUCGAACGACCAAGGAAUGACGAUACUGGAAAUCGCUUCAAUCGAGCUCGGUGUAACAACAACUGAUAUUCCAUACGCUUGUCUCAGCCCAACUGCCAGCGCUUGCCGUCCAAAUCCCCCAGAUCUCCAGAAAACAAAAACCAGUCGCAGAGUCUCAGUCGCAGAGCAAAGCGCCGUUGAUGCGGCGGCAAAAUUUUCAAAGGCGCGAUAUGACAUCGAGAACUGGCCGGACCGAAGGGAAUCCAGGCAGGUCUCGUUGAGUCUCGCCGCACUUGCAAUCGCGCUGGGCCUGCACUGGAUCUCUGGGCUGCGAUUUGAGCAGCGCAGAAUGCCGCACACCUGGGGUGGCCAGGCAAGUUGUCGGAGUUCGCAGAUGCCAGCCAAUGCCGGCUAUGACGCGAGUGACCAACGAUUAUCAGAGGAUCAGCCAGACCGUUAA